UAUUCAUUCAGUCAGUCAAUUCAAGUUCCGCUUUGUGUUCGGUUGUGUUCUGCGUUGCCAAGUUUUCUCCCCGCGAUGCUUUUUCGGAAGUGACAUUGUUUAGUGUAAAGUGAACUAAAACUUAUUUUUAAAAUGCUUGCAGACGGUGAAAUUGUAGGUGAUGGUUCAUGGAACCUCACCAUUUAUGUGACGGACUUGAAUGAAAAGCGUACGAUGGUCGUAAAAGGAGACAUGCACAUCGGUGGGGUUAUGCUAAAACUGACUGAGAGUUUUGGUAAAGAUUUCAAAAAGGACUGGUCAGACCACGCUCUCUGGUGGCCGACCCGAAACAAAUGGCUCUCACGUCCCAAGCAUACCCUUGACCAGUACUCCGUACAUGCCGAUGCCGCUCUCCACUUCACCCCCAUGCACAAACCCCUCAGGAUCCAGCUGCCAGACUUGAGAUACAUCGACUGCAAGAUCGACUUCUCCAUUGACACCUUUAGCGCAGUGAUCCAACUUUGUAAGAGUCUUGGUAUACGGCAUCCAGAAGAGCUCUCACUCUGCUACCCUCUAGAACCGUCGCAUCUCAAACAGAACUAUCAGAACCUCAAAGAAGCGAAACGGAUAAAGACCAGCCAACCAGACACCAACACAUUCAUCGCAGCAGCCAGAGGAUCUUCUAAUAGCCUGGACAGAUCAAAUGGAUUAUGUCCUGCGACACCACCACCGCCAAGAUCGUUAUCUGCCACUCCUGUCGCUUCACAACAGAACGGCACACUCCGUCGUUACGGAAACCACAUCUACAGCACACAAAGCGACGGAUCGAGUGACGGCGGGUACUGCGGUACUCCGCCCCGGGCGGCGUCUUUGGACGCCCUGGACUCGGUCGCUGACCUCUCCCUGGCCGAUUCGCCGUUGGAGCCCGACACACAGUCGAGGGAAUCUCUACUCACUCCCAAAUCUUUGGUGGAACGAGCUAGGAUGAACGUUGGAUGGCUAGACUCAUCCCUGUCCAUCAUGGAGCAGUACGUUCGCGAAUGGGACUGUCUCCAACUUCGCUUCAAGUUCUACUCGUUCUUCGACCUGACAGCGCGUCCCCAAGACGCGCCCAGACUGAACCAGCUGUACCAACAAGCUCGUUGGCAGAUCCUCAACCAGGAGGUCCACUGUACUGAGGAGGAGAUGCUGUUGUUUGCUGCUUUACAGCUCCAAAUCGAACUUCAGACCCUAGCGGGCGGCGGUAUAGACGCGGCGGACGGCGCAGCCUCAAGCCCUGGAGCAGCGCCCGAGGACGAAAUCGAUGCGGCUCUCAGCGAACUACAGGCGCACUUGGAGGGCGGCCCCCCCAUCAGGCCGGACAUCACACAUGUGCCCGAACUGGCUGGAUAUCUUAAAUAUCUCAGGCCAAAGCGCUUCACCCUGAAAUCUUACAAGCGCAGUUGGAUUUCGUGUCGCGACGGCAUCCUCCGCAUUCAUUCGUCACAUGACGCGGCGACCCGAGGCGAUGCUCCCUCUUAUAUGGUGGAAUUGAGGGGCGCUGAGGUGACCCCGGAUGCACACCCGGCGACGGGCCGGUACAGCAUCAAGCUGGAGGUGCCUUCAGAUGACACCAUGCAUGAGAUCUGGCUUAAAUGCGAGAAUGAGGACCAAUAUGCGGAAUGGGUGGCCGCUUGCAGGCUGGGUUCCCGCGGACGUUCGCUCGCAGACUCGGCCUUCACCACGGAGGCGGCCGCGGUGAAGUCCCUCCUAGCUCUGCAACGGCCGCAACCGAAUGCAGCACUUAAUCAGCAUAGUCUGCCCCACUUGGAUCAUCUGCAGCCGGAGAACUAUUUGGCGCCUAAAUAUGUGAAGAAAUUGAAGGGGAGCAAGUUCACCCAACGGGUUCUAGAAAGCCACGCCAACGUCAAAGAUCUCCCGCUACUCGAAGCUAAACUACAGUACAUUAAGACUUGGCAAAACCUACCGGAUUACGGCCAGUCUCUGUUCGUGAUCAGAUUCAUGGGCCAAAGGAAGGAUGAGAUCAUAAGCAUCGCCAACAACCGCAUCAUGAGACUAGACCCUAGCACCGGAGACCAUAUCAAGACUUGGCGGUUUAGCACUAUGAAGGCUUGGAAUGUAAACUGGGAGAUAAGACACAUGAUGGUACAAUUCGAAGAAGGAAAUAUCAUGUUCUCAGUCCAGUCAGCUGAUUGCAAGGUAGUGCACGAGUUCAUCGGUGGAUACAUAUUCCUGUCAAUGCGAUCUAAAGAUGCGAAUCAGACGUUGAACGAAGAUAUGUUCCACAAACUCACUGGAGGAUGGACGUAAAAUAUA